ACCAUGGAAGAUCAUGAUAGAUCUAAAAGAAGAUUAAUCGCCGACAGUUUUAUCGAAAGCAAUGGAGUAAUCAUAAACUCAGAUAUUGCAGAAAACAUACUUUCUGGUAUACCUAUUGAGUUUGUCUCACGAAGCAGAGCAGUAUGCAAACUUUGGAGAAAUCACUUGCAAAAACCAAAGACGGGUUUCCUUUUCACAGGGGAGAAUCUCCAAAUAUGUUACGAAGAUGAAUAUACCGAAGAUGAACAUUUAGUAUCCUCCCGUUGCCAUCGUGUUUUGAAUCUUUUGAAAGUGUUCAUUUCGUGUGGUUAAGAGGGAGUUUAGGUGUUUACGACUUCGAGUUAUUUUGUAGGUCCUGAUGAGGAAGAUAGUUGUUUAUAUAUAUGGACAUUGAAGAAAGAAAAGAAGAAGAAGAACAACAAAAAGAGUUGGGGAAAUUCUCCUGGGGACGAGAACGAUGACUCGAACCCUUGGGUUUGAGCCAGGAGUUCCGUAUAAAGUAUAAAACCUGCUAUGGUCAACCUGAAUUUGAACCAUUUGCCAUAACAACAAGCAACCAAAUUUUGUUGUGGUAGAAUUCUGGUGUCAAAUAUCUACUGUGUUAUGACACUAAUACUCUCACUAUAAAGAAACUGUAUGAGUAUGUGCCUAAUGAUGCUCAAGCCAUUCCUCAUAUGAAUAGUUUUGUCUCGUUGAAGGAUCUUGGAGAGAGCUGGUCCAAGUGGUAUGCCCUAGAUGAUGGUAAGCAUCAUGCACCUCCUGAUACUAUAUAUCAAAAGCAAAGUACUAGUCGGGAAUAUUCUUGGAACCAGCAAUGGGUUAAUCAAGAAUCUGAAUAUAGACUUAACAGCAAUCAUACUUUCUCAUUUCCCUAUUGAGUGCGUCUCGCUGGGCAGAGCAGUAUGCAGACUUUGGAGAAUUUUCUUGAAAAAACCAAAGACGGGUUUUCUUUUGGCAGUUUCAGAAGAAAAAAGCUCCGGAGAUAUCAAGAUCUUCCACAGAUAUAUUGAGGAAGUAAGCAUUCACGAUGAACCAAUUUCUUACAAGAAACUUGCAAUGAUCGACCUAGGUUUAGGUCAAUUCCAAACUAUCCAUGUUAAGAUGAUAAAAAGUGGGCCUUUUAGACAUAAUAUAUUCGGUUCUUGCAAUGGUUUGGUUUGCUUUCCUGUUCAAAAAGAUGAAAAGAAGUGGCUUGUGUACAUAUGCAAUCCAAUGACUGGAGAAUAUGUUUAUCUUCCGGAGAUGGAUUUUGGUGAAAUAUCGAGACCUAAGGUGUUGGUUGGAUUUGGUUACUGUAAAUCUACUAAUGAGUACAAGGUUGUUCAAGUUACCUACGAGUACAGCCAAUUCAAGCAGUUGGGAAGGGUUCAGGUAUACACCCUUGGUGGUGGCAGCGGGUGGAGAAACAAAGGAGGAACCCGUUAUACUUGUCAAGAAAGAUUGGUUUUCGCAAACGAGGAACUUUAUUGGAUAGAGCGUCUUGAAGAUGAAUGGAACAUCAGAGUUUUUUAUUUAGUGGAUGAGACAUUUAGUACCCUUCCAAUGCCACCAUGUCACGGUCUUUUUUGUGGUUACAAAGGUCUUAUUGUGUCCUUGAAUGGUAGCUUGUGUGUUUAUCAUGAUACAGUUGAGAGGAUUUCUGACGAUGAGGCAGAAGCUCAUCCAGAUGAAUAUAAUUUCAUCAUAGGUUAUGCACCAGAGGAAGAAACUCAUAAUCGCAAGGAAGAAAGACGCAUAGAUAUGUGGAUAUUAAAGAAAGAGCAGAGAAAGCAGAAGAAAAAGAGUGAAUGGUACUCCCCUGUGGAUGAGAAUGAUGACUCGAACUCUUGGGUUUGGGUCCUGGAGAUCAGUAUGAAAUACAAUUCUCAGUACCCUUAUUAUCGGCAUUAUGAACCAUUUUCGAUAACAAACAACAAUCAAGUUUUGAUGUGGGAGGAUCAUAAAGUGCACCGUAAUAAAGCAGUUAUUUGUUAUGACCCUAAUACUCUCACUUUUAAGAAUCUGUGCGAUGAGGCAUAUCAUCCAUAUGAGGCGGAUGCUCAAGCAAUUCCCCACAUGAAAAUAGCUUUGUUUCAUUGGAAGAUCUUGGAGAAAAGUCCGCGAGGUACAUUCACAUUCCAGAUGAUUCGCCACCAUAACCUCCAGUUCAAUAGCAACGAAAAACAAAAUGACAACAUACUUACUGAAGGCUGUCAGGAGGAUUAUAUUGCUGCAUGUGAAGAAGCCAAUGUAACUGUGACACUGACAUGUAGUUGAACCCGUUUGAAGUUGUAGCUGCAAAUGUACUGUAUUUCAAAGGAUACUGGGA